UCCAGAAGCUGACAAACCAGACUGGUUGGAGUAGGGCUCAGCCCCAGCCGAGCCGGGCAGGAGCUCCCUGCGCGGCCGGGCAGGUGCCUGGCACAGCUUCGCCCUCGCCGUCGCGGGGAACCGGGCUACAGGAGCACCUGGCAUCACCCAGCUCUUUGCUUUCUUCCGGACUGCGGCGGGUCAGUGCUGCAGCGGCGCCGGGGAGGAGGAGGAGGACGACGAAGCGGCUGCCGGAUGGUCACGGCUAUGCCCCAGUCGGGGUGGCGUGUUGCUGAGGGAGAUGGGCAAGCGCCGCACCUUGGGGGCUCCUGACCCGUCAGCCUGGGAGGCGGCACGAAACCAUGCCGAAGGGAUGACAGGACUCGGGGCAGACGCUGGUGCCUUUAAAUCCUACUGCAAGCAGCACUGAAUGCCACCUCCUGCCCUCUGAGCAGCACCCACGUCGCCGCCCGCGGCGGGCGGCCGGGAGAGGGGAGCCGGCUGCCCCGCGGCUCGCCGGACCUGCUGCAGGACGCGGCUGCCCCAUGGAGCAGGAGCCGGAGCAGGCGGGUGAGGAGGCAGGGCCUGGCCCCCGGCCCCUGCACGAGGCUGGCACGGAGGGAAGCGCCGGGAAGCGGAGCGAGAGCCCCCAGCACCCCGCACCGGGUGGGACUCCGCAACCGGGGGACCAGGCGGUGGCCGCUGAGCCGAGCGACCUGGCCCCGCUGCUGGGAGAGGCGCCCGCUGCUCCCUGGGGCCGGUGGAGCCCGGCGGCGGAGGACACGGGGGAGCCGCUGCCGUACGGAGCCCACGAGCCGCCUGCCCGCGGCCACCGCGGCCCCUCUCCGUCGGCAGAGCUGGUCCCCCCCGGCACCGCGGGCGCCGCGCUGGCCCAGGAGGCCGGAGGCAGGGCCAGCCCGGCAUCCCGGGGGGGAUCCCCCAGCCUGGAAAGCGCCUCCAGCUCCAUCCUGAGCCUCUCCGGCGAGGAAGGCGAGACGUCGGGCAGCGAGGUGGGGGCGGCGGCGGCGGCGUGCUGCAUCCAGGCGGCGGUGGGCGACGGCGAGGAGGAGUGCCCCAUCUGCACGGAGCCCUACGACGGCCAGCGGCACAAGCAGGCGCUGCUGAACUGCAACCACGUGCUGUGCAGCGCCUGCCUCCGCGCCAUCAUGGACGCGGCCGGCAGCGCCGAGUUCGGGCGCGUGCGCUGCCCCAUCUGCCGCCAGAAGACCCCCAUGCUGGAGUGGGAGAUCUGCAAGCUGCAGGAGGAGCUGCUCCUGCUGCACGCCCAGCCGGCCCCGGCCUCGGCCCGGGCUGCGCCCAGCCCCGCCGCCCUGCCGCCCCGGCGCCCGGGCAUCGCCGGCGCCCUGGAGCACCACUUCCAGGUGCGCUUCCACACCAGCCGCAUGUUCGGCUGCCUCCCCUGCGUGCGCUACCCCCUGUGCCUCAUCCGCGGGCUGGGGCGCCUGGAGCGCCGGUGCCGCUGCUGUUACCUCGUCCUGCUGGCCGUGCUGCUGGCGGCUGAGAUGCUCAGCCUGCUCCUCAUCUUCCUCCCCAUUGUCCUACUGGUGCUGCUCUUCCUCAUCCUCGAUAAAUAGCCCACACCUGGGAUGUGCUGAACAGAGGGACAGUGGCCCCAGUGGGCUCUGCCCCACUGGGAGCGGGAGCAGCCGCCCUCCUGCCCUCGCCCCGGGGGCUGGGGCGCUGCAUGGAGAUGAUCUGUCCGAGAACCAGCCUGUGAACCCAGGUGUCCGGGAGGCCUCUCCACUGUCAGUGAGCCCAGAGCAGGUGAGACAGCGGAGGAGCGGGGCGAGCCGGGGAGAGGGAGGACCAGAGGCUGGCUAUGGGGCAGGCGGCCUGGGAGCCAGCACGUCGCCUGCGCCCAGCACCCGGAGGGGCAGGCAUCUUCUGCCGGGCACCGAGCGCCCCAGUCCUGCGGCAGCUGAAGGAUGGCUGGUGCCCUGGUAUUGCCAGGUGAAAGCAGGACCAGGGCAAUGCUCCAGCCCUACUCACUCUAGGAGCAAAGCCCUGGUGCUGGCAUGGGAGUGGAGCUGGUGAAGCCGGAGGUGCACAGCUGGCAGAGCGGGGCUGAGCUGGGGGCUCUGCCUCCCUCUCGCCCAGCCCAGAUUCUCUCCACACAGUCUCCCCACAGACUGAAAAUAUAAAUUGCAUUUGUACUGCA